AUUUAAUUAUGGCUUUAUGGUUAAAGCGUUUAGUUUUAUAAUUGUGCAAAUUAGCAAUUCACAGAAACUGUUUUCGUUUAUCAUGUCUUUGCAUUUUGUAAGCAAGCCUAUUUGCACCAAGGCAUAACCAAUUGUGGGUUAUUGUGCGUUAUUAUUCUAAGAUUAUAAAAAGGGGGUUAUUGACAUUUAAUGGAGAUGAAUUAAUUUUAGUUGUGGUAUAUUGCAGACGUUGCGCAGAAAGAGAGGUCGGACGAAAGCUGGCCGGCCUGCAGACCUAACUUUGAGGUGUUAGGUCAAGGUGCUUACGCGAGGGGCACUAUUACUUCAUCGGUAUAUAGCGCCGGUACGAUUCCUUCGCUGUGUGGCGUCGUCCCAAAAGGAGAAAAGUGGGAGGAGUGUUGUGCCGGUGCCCGGCCUACAAAACGCGCACAUACCUCGUGACUGGGAACCAGCGACAAAUCGAUAAAAAACAUGCUGGGCAGCACGAGAUAGUACGGUCUCUUGUGCACGGGACGUUGAGGUGAGUAGAUGUGUUUAUGUGCCUAUGUCCCAAUGUGAGUAUUGUGUGAGGAAUUGUGAGCCUAUAUAUUUUAUAUGGUAUUGUAUUGUAUAUGUGUGUCUGUAACUGUGAGCCUGUAACUGUGAACCUGUGCGUGUAACCCUGAGUACGUUAGUAGUUCCAGGGGGUUAAGCCUGUGCAUGUUAGCCAGUGUCUAGCUGUGAGCCUGUGUGUAUUGUAUUAUAUUGUAUUUUAUGUGUGUUCAACACGUAUUUACCUGGAAGGCCUUUCCCAGAAGAUAUAAGUGAGUCUGUGACUGUGUAUGUGAGUCUGUGAGUUGCCUGUGAUUGUGACAAUGACACGUAUUUCCCUGGAAGUGUAUUCCCAGAAGUAUAUGUGUAUGUAAGCCGGUGACUGUGUGUUUAAGUACGUAUUUGCCUGGAGGUGUAUUCCCAGAAGUACAUGUAUAGUGCCAUUCCGUGACGUGGACGAGCCGUAGCCGACGAGUGUCUACCCGACGAGCCGAUGCGUCAAGCCGACGAGUUCCCUCGAAGACGACGAGGACGUUUGGUGCCAACCUGACGAGGAUUCCAGUCGAUGCCCAUCAAGGACAAGCUGUGAACACACUUAAAGAUCAGACCUGCAGCAUGGGGUCUGGAAGUAAGAUCAACAACACUGGAGGCAUAGCGGCAUUGGUGCAAGACGCAGCCAAAAUUGCACGGCAGCGGCAGGUAAGCUUGUUUGAUGAGUCGGAAGAGUCCCUUGACAGAGAGAUAACAAGGGAAGAGCAGCGAGGAGUUCCAAAAACAAAGCUUGGGAAAGUGAGACGAAAAGGUGAACAUUUGUUGCACUCAAAGUACGUUUUAAUACUGGUCAUUAGCCUCAACCUCAUCGAUAUUCUCCUCGUGCUCGGGGAACUCAUGCUCGACAUCCAUUACGUCACAGACUUGCUCACCAAAGAACACAAACGUUCUAACGAGUUUAUUGCGACCAUGAAGAAAAUGUACCCGGAUCGCCUUAGUUACCUUAAAUCAGACGACAUCUACGGACUGGAACACGAAAUUUUGAUUGGUCAAAUCGUGUGGAAUGCGUCAGGUAACUCUUUGUUGUCUUCCAAACAUCGUAGGGAAAGGCGGGAAGGAGGCUCGAACAUUUCAAACGAGGCUAUCGUAAAUAUGACCGUUUCAAGAGGUCCUGUGGUCGGGAAUACCAUAGAAGUGGAUAUAGCUCACGGACUGCAUAAAGCCAGCAUCGCAAUUGUAGGAAUACUUUGUGUUGAGGUUCUGCUUAAAAUGUUCUGCUUUGGCACUGAGCUUCUUCAGCAUAAGUUGGAGUGCUUCGACGUGUUCAUCGUUAUUUCAUCCUUCGUCGUGGACCUUGCACUCCGGAAGGGACUACAACAGUUUGCGACACCAGAGUUUGCGGUCAUCCUGAGUUUUCUUGUGCCCUGGAGAUUUAUCCGUGUCGCCAACAGUCUGAUAGUGGCCGUCAUGGACCACGAACAUUUCCGGAUAAUGGUACUCUACAAGAAAAAGAAAGCGGCGCAGAAAGCGCUGCAGGAGGCAAAUGAUGAUAUCAAGGGACUCGAGGCUUGCGUGGACACAUUGCAGAAACUAUGCACUAAAGCCGGAUUUCCACACGCCAUGGUGCAAGAAAAAAUACAACGCGCGCUUCAGGGGAACAUCACGUUAACAGAGCUGGUGGAAAGCACUCUCAUAGUGGGUGCUGUCACUGUAUUGGACAGCGAAUCGCCGGCGUUGAUCCGUCGGGCGCUCCUCGAGGACAGAGUGAAACAGAGCCCGGCAAUUCAAACAAGAGGUCGUUCGCGGACAUGGACCGGAACGGAAUUGUCGCGAGAUUAUUCGAGACCACCGAAGAGACCAUCACCACUAACAACACCGACACUGAAGACCCCAGAACGAGCGCUUCCAGCCAACAUCACGAUAACGCGGCUGGUGGAAAGGACGCUUUCGGUAGGCAGCGUUAGUGUUUUGGACGACGAAUCGCCGGCGCGUAUGCGUCGGGCCAUUCUCGAGGACAAAGCGAAACGGAGCCCGGUGAUUGAAAGAAGAAGCCGUUCCGUGACAUGGGCCGGAACGGAAUUGCCGCAAGAUUGGCCGAGACAAGCGCCGAGUUUAUCACCAAUAUUAAAACCGACAAUGAAGGCCUUAGGCAGCCCGGUAAUUCAAAAAAGGCGCCAAUCUGAAAUGGACCGGAACGGGAUUGUGCCAAGAUUUACCAAGACUAGCGCCGAGUUCACCACUAUCAACCUCGACAAUAACAACCCUAGCAGGAAAGACGCGACGGAAGUGACGUCAUCAGACACGAAGGCGAGCGACCUUGUUAACGACUACUCUGAGGUCACUUUUUUUUGACAAGUUCCAACUUCUGUGGCA